AUGCCAGCUCCCUGCUGCCCCACGGGCUCCCAAAAUUCCCCCCUGAGCGUGGGCUCUCUGUCGCAGGGUGGUGCGUGGCAGCGGCACAGGUCCUGGGCCUGCAGGAAACAAGCCUCCCUGCUGAGGGAUCGUCCUUUCCAGGGGAGGAACACGCCGAAUAAUUUGGAGUUUUUGAAGAUGUCAGCAGAUAUACCAUUAAAUAUUAAUAUCAAGGAGCCCCGAUGGGAUCAAAGCACUUUUGUUGGACGAGCCAGUCACUUCUUUACUGUAACAGACCCCCGGAAUAUUUUGUUAUCUGAUGCCCAACUGGAAAAUGCAAGAAAAAUUGUGCAUGAUUACAGACAAGGUAUUGUGGCACCUGGCUUGACAGAAGAUGACUUGUGGAGAGCAAAAUAUAUCUAUGAUUCGGCCUUUCACCCAGACACUGGUGAAAAGAUGGUCUUGAUUGGCCGCAUGUCAGCUCAGGUACCCAUGAACAUGACUAUCACAGGUUGUAUGAUGACCUUUUAUAGAACAACGCCAGCGGUGGUUUUCUGGCAGUGGAUUAACCAGUCCUUCAAUGCGAUAGUAAAUUACACGAACAGGAGUGGUGAUGCCCCAAUUACUGUCAGCCAGCUGGGAACAGCCUAUGUUUCUGCUACCACGGGUGCUGUUGCAACAGCUUUAGGACUUAAUGCACUAACAAAGCAUGUCUCACCUCUUAUAGGACGUUUUGUUCCUUUUGCUGCUGUUGCUGCUGCUAACUGCAUUAAUAUUCCACUAAUGAGACAAAGGGAACUCAAGUUUGGAAUCCCCAUCACGGAUGAGAACGGAAACAGACUGGGUGAAUCAACAAAAGCAGCUCAGCAGGCAAUUACCCAGGUGGUUAUAUCAAGGAUUCUUAUGGCUGCUCCUGGCAUGGCAAUUCCUCCCUUCAUAAUGAAUACAUUGGAAAAGAGAGCCUUUUUAAAGAUCAGCAAAAAUGGGCGAUUUCUUCAGUGACUGCUCUGUGGUCUUUGCUACCAUCAUGACUGUUUAUGCUCACCUGUUCCUCCCCCUCAGCCUCAAAGACUGUGAGUUCAGGUGAAACACUGCUCAGCAGGUAGUCAGUGGUAACACAUCGUAGAGAUUAGUAUUAAAACCAUUAAGGAAUGAGCUGCAUUUUUAACAAGCAGCUUCUGCAUGUUCUCUUGAGGUUUCAGAAGCACCAUCCCAUGUGCAGUACUCCAAUACCAUCCACACAAUGCUUUACUAACUCAUUUUCCUUAGCCUUUGCUUUGUACACCAUCACUCUUGAAAAUAAUUCUUGUAUGCUUGCCAAAGCCUAUUAAGCAACACAGAAGGCCAGAAAAUAGUCAAAUGGUUAUGAAAUAAUGAAGGAAAUAGAAUGAUGUUCUGCAGUAAGAAAUGCUUCUGGAAAGCUGGUCUCGGUGAUAGCAGGCUAUCAUUCUCUGAUAUUUGAAAUAAGAUGUAGGUUAUACGAACUGUUCAUCCCCCAUAUUCUAACCUUGUUUUGCACGAGGACGUUUUAAUGGUAACAUUAGUAUGAAUUGACAAUAUUCCCAAAAGUUAUUGCUAGAAAAUAACUCAGGAAUGUUUUUAGAAAACAAGCACAUGCUUACUGCUUCAAAAAGAACCUAAUUAUUUCUUGACUUGAAAAAAAUAUUUUUAUGUAUAUGUGCUUUUGCUAUAGGUUUCAGCAGUGGCUUUGGCUGCCUCUUAUGCGAUUGUGCAGUGUAGUAGUUCUUGAUUAGGCUGUAUAAUGUCUAUGUUUAUUAGCCCUACUGACAUACA